CUCAUUGUCAGAGCAACGACCAAGGUAAAACGAUGUUCUCAUCUGUCACACUUGUGCUGUUCGUGUCAUGCUUCGGCGCAGCGUUAAGCACCAGCUGGAGCCCAUACUGGAACUCGUAUUUGCCAGGUCAAGGUUCCGGCAAGGGCGGAUAUUGGAACUCGUAUGUGCCACAAUAUGAGACCUAUUGGCCGCAACAAUAUCCUAGUUAUUCAGGUUCCUAUUGGCCUGGAUGGGGCGGCUGGCAAGGCAAUAACGUCGGCUCGCAAAGUAAUGCCGUGCGCGGGUACGGAAAUGUUGUUGGAUCACAAGGGAAUGAUGUGAGCGGGGGAUGGAAUAAUGUGGGCUGGCAAUCGAAUGCCGUGGACGGUUAUGGCAAUUACGUGGGCUCUCAAAGGAAUUCCGUUAACUAAGUACAUGAUAAAAUGGAGCAAAAUACAGAUCAUAUACAUACAAUAUUUGCUUUUGUUGACAAUACUUAAUAAAUAUUAU